AUGUCCUCUAUAACUAUAGUGUCCUAUGGAUGGACACAAGGGGUCAACCACAAUGAAUUGAGGAUGCACGGCACUCGGCUAUCCUCACAUCCAAAACUCCCGCAGGAAGAGGACAGGGAGUCUGGCAUCGGGUCCACCCUUGACCUCAGCAACAGUAACCAACACACCAAUCACCACUCCAACAAGCUUUCACUCAGGGAGGGAGACAGACUCCCUAAAGAGAAAGACAGCUCUCCACAGACCACAGCAGUGAGUCUGAACAAGAUCAAGCCGCUUCUUAUCAAUCUAUCCAAGAUCCCUCUCCUCCUCAUCCUCCUCUUCCUCUUUGUUUGCUCCUUGGACACUCUGAGCUCUGCCUUCCAGUUAGCAGGGGGUAAAGUAGCAGGGAGCAUUUUCCAGGACAAUGUGGUGCUGUCUAACCCUGUGGCAGGGCUUGUGGUGGGGAUCUUGGUUACGGUGCUAGUCCAGAGCUCAUCCACCUCCACCUCCAUUGUCGUCAGUCUGGUGGCCUCUGGAUUGCUAGAAGUGAGGUCGGCUGUUUCAAUCAUUAUGGGGUCCAAUAUUGGGACUUCAGUCACGAACACCAUAGUGGCCAUGAUGCAAGCAGCAGAGAAGACUGAGUUUCAACGUGCCUUCGCUGGGGCAACGAUCCACGACUGCUUCAACUGGCUGUCGGUGCUGGUUCUGCUGCCGCUGGAGGUGGCGAGUGGCUUCAUGGCCCGGCUCUCACACCUGCUGGUAACCAGCUUCAAGCUUCAUCCUGGGAAGGAAGCCCCUGAGAUGCUCAAGGUCAUCACAGAGCCAGUCACCAAGCUCAUCAUACAGCUAGACAAGUGUGUGAUCACGGGGAUCGCCAUGGGAAAUGAGGACAUGAGGAACAGGAGCCUGGUUAAAGAAUGGUGCCAGACUGACCUUGUUAUGUCCACUGACAAUGUAAGCACUGCAAACUGUAGCUCCAGUCAUGACUCAUCGUCACUGAAGUGUAGGCAUUUGUUUGUGUCUACCGGGCUGUCAGACCUGACAGUUGGCCUGGUUCUCCUGGCGGGCUCUCUGGCCGUCCUCUGUACCUGUCUGCUGCUUCUGGUGAAACUGCUCAACUCUCUCCUUAAAGGCCAGGUUGCAAUGGUCAUCCAUAAAGUCAUCAACACAGACCUGCCAUAUCCGUGUGGGUGGCUGUCAGGAUACAUAGCCAUGUUUGUGGGUGCAGGGGUAACGUUUGUGGUCCAGAGUAGCUCUGUCUUUACUUCAACCAUGACUCCUCUUAUAGGUGUUGGUGUGAUUAGCCUGGAGCGGGCCUAUCCCCUCACCCUCGGAUCCAACAUCGGCACCACUGCCACAGCCCUGCUUGCAGCUCUGGCCAGUCCUGGGAACAAGCUCGCAGCCGCCAUACAGAUUGCUCUGUGUCACCUCUUCUUCAACGUCUUUGGCAUUCUGCUGUGGUAUCCUCUUCCUUUCACACGCCUGCCAAUAAGGAUGGCUCGUGUCCUGGGUGAGCGCACUGCCAAGUAUCGCUGGUUUGCAGUCUUGUACCUUCUCCUGUGCUUCGUGCUCCUGCCAUCGCUGGUGCUGGGCCUCUCGCUGGCAGGCUGGCGGGUGAUGGCUGCCGUCGGGGCUCCUUUCCUGUGUUUGACCACCUUCAUCACCAUGGUAAAUGUGAUGCAGGCCCGUAGUCCCCGCCACCUGCCUACUAAGCUCCAGAGCUGGGACUUCCUGCCCCAGUGGAUGCGCUCUCUCAAACCUCUCGACCGACUCAUCACCAAGGCAACUGUCUGCUGCGGCGGCUCUGCUGCGGAGGGGCAGGGAGAUGAAGAAGAGGAGCACAUAUCGACACAGACAACCUCUGUCAACAGGCAGGAAGAGUCCGCCCAUAGGAAGGCACAGCUGGCUUAUGAUAACCCAGUCCUGGACUACCUGGAUGAGAGCAGACCAGGUGUAAGGGUGCUGAAAUUAAAAGGGUUAGAGAGGUGCAACAGCACUCCACUGUAG